UUGGUGGAACAGCAGAUUCCUGGGUUAGCCGACAUGGCGGCCUAGCGGUGUAGGAAGGAGAUGGAUGUUUUGGACACGAUUUCUGCUAUUUUUCAGCCGAUCUAGCCGCUUUUGGUGCAUCUAGAAAGAGAGGGCACAGCAGCUUGUAGUUGAGUGACGCGCUGGCCGCUCCUCCCACCUAUGCACACAGAACCCGUCAUGGCGGCCACGGCGGUUGCCGACCGACCGGACCACGCCAUCCUGCACAAGGACUCGCCCAUCGACAGCCGCAACGUCCCGUCCCACAUGAACAUUCUCACCAGUAACGACGUCAACGAGCGAUGUAAGAGUCCCGGCGUACUCAGCACCAGCACUGACACCGAGAACUUCGCCAACAGUAAACUGUGCAUAGAGGACAGCGAUGAAACAGACCCGAACCGCAGCACCACGCCCUGCACGUCCCAGUGUGCACCUGGGGAGAAGUCCUCGUCCUCGGACAACGCGCAGAACGUGCAGCUGCAGUACACCGGCGCCAACCGCAGCGGCAGCUGGUUUGACGGGCUGCUGGGCUGCCUCAGGCCUGUCUGGACCAUCAUAGGGAAAGCUACCACCAACGAACUGAAAAAUGGAGAUGACUGGGAGAUUCCGUUUGAGAACAUCUGUAACCUGCAGUGGCUGGGGAGCGGAGCGCAGGGCGCCGUGUUCCUGGGAACGCUCAACGGGGAGAAGGUCGCCGUGAAGAAAGUUCGGGAGGAGACCGAGACAGAGAUCAGACACCUGAGAAAACUCAACCAUCCCAACAUCAUCAAGUUCAAGGGUGUGUGUACGCAGGCUCCGUGUUACUGCAUCAUCAUGGAGUACUGUCCUCAGGGCCAGCUGUACGAGAACAUCCGCAGGGGGCUGGAGAUCCCCCCCAUGCGCAUGGUGGAGUGGGCCAAGCAGAUUGCCAGCGGCAUGUACUACUUACACCAGCACAAGAUCAUCCACCGAGACCUCAAGUCACCCAACGUGCUACUUGGGGUGAAUGACAGUCUGAAGAUUUCAGACUUUGGAACGAGCAAACUGUGGAGCGACAGAAGUACGCAGAUGUCCUUUGCGGGAACGGUCGCGUGGAUGGCCCCAGAGGUCAUCCGAAACGAACCAGUGUCGGAAAAAGUGGACAUCUGGUCGUUCGGUGUAGUGCUGUGGGAACUACUGACUGGGGAGUCACCAUACAAGGACGUUGACUCUUCAGCCAUUAUCUGGGGAGUGGGGAGUAACAGUCUCCACCUGCCUGUACCCACCACCUGUCCUGAAGGAUUCAAACUGCUCCUCAAACAGUGCUGGUCGGGUAAGCCCCGGAAUCGACCUUCCUUCAAACACAUUCUCAUGCAUCUUGACAUUGCUGGAUGUGAGAUCAUUGGACAGAACAGAGACACCUACUUUAAGACUCAGGAGAGUUGGCGGGAAGAAAUCUCCAUCCACUUUGAGAAGAUCCGUAGCGAGGGGAACCAGAUCCACAAGCUGGACGAGGAGCUGGUGUCCAGGAGGCGGGAGGAGCUGCGACACGCCAUGGACAUCCGCGAGCACUACGAGAAGAAACUGGAGCGAGCCAACAACCUGUACAUGGAGCUCAGCACAUGUAUGCUGCAGCUGGAGAACAGGGAGAGGGAACUCAUGAGGAAAGAGAAGCUGUUGGACAUGAAGCUGAAGAAGGAGAAGAUUUCCAUCAAGCCGAUGAUCAAGGCUCAGCAUCAGGCUGUGGAGAGACUCAUGAAGAACAAGGGAGCAAAGUACAAGACAAGUCUUCAUCUUCUUCAGAGAGUUGACAGUCCGUCCUCAGAGCCCAGGCACUAUGGAGAUGCGGAGCACUACGUCCACUUCACCCCCCGCAGCUCCCCGUCCACCCCGCGUCACUCUCCCAGCAAGCUGCGGGGCCAGCGCAGGAUGCACCGCAGGAGCACGAUUAGCCAUGCAGGGUCCGCACCAGGCUCACCACUCGCAUCUAACAAGAUGAGUCCAGUGAAAGAGAGGAAGUUGCACAACAUCCUCAAGUCGGAUACCACGCUGCAGAACGACGCAAACGAAACCCGUCUUGCCAGAACUGCUCUCAGGCAUUCCGCCCCGGGAAGGGCGAUGCGGCAAUACGCGCGCGAUUCCGACUCCAGGAGAAACAAUGAGAGGACUGACGGGGGUAGGGACAGUUGUCGCAAGAGCCCAAGUAGAACUCAUGCGGAAUUCACUCAGGUUUUAUACAACAUCAACACUAAGGGCUCCACCAGCGAAAGUGACAAUGGGAGGGGGGACAGUAGAAGGAAUAGCGGCAACUUUGGCGACGACGGGGGAAGUAGUGAACAGGAGGAGAAACAUGAACUAGGGGCAGAAGGGGGAGAAGAGCCGUGCAUACCCAACAACGUUCUUCCCAGCCCCGGGCACUGUGUAACAUGUAAAUGUCACAUGUCCCAUUCAAACCCACAUGUGGACGGUAUUCCGUCAAGGAGUGGCACCCCCACUGGGAAUGUGGAGGGACCAGGAGAGGAGGAAGAUGUCGGAGAGGGAACACAUCCACAGGAGACAGAAGAGGAGCAGGAGUUGCCUGAUUUACAGAGUAGAGAUGAGGAAAAGAAUGCUGAAGAGUCGUCUUCAGAAGAGGAGGAAGGUGAAGUGGACAGUGAGAUUGAUUUUCCACGGGCACAAAGCCGCCCGAUUCGCUGUCCCAACAGUCGUCAGUCGUACUCCACGGUGAGUUCGGAAGGCGGGAUGUCUGAGGAGGAGAACACAAGCGACCGUUCGCUGGGCCCGACCCCUGACCUCCUGUCCACCACCUCCAGCUUCAACAACACGGGGGAGUUCCACGACGUGGCUCACUCGCUGGCCGACAUGGCGCACUCGCUCUCCGACGGUCUGUCCGACAAGGAGAUGAACGUACGCAGAGUCAGGUCCCAGGUGCGCGAGCAUGUUUACGAGAACCCCCUGGCCAUGCUGGACUCUGACGAGAGCUCAGAUGACUGCUCGGACGCGACCACCGGCACCGUCAACUUCAAGAAUUCCACAGCUUCGUGGUGACGACAGUUGCUCCAGUCUUUGUUCAUUACCUCAUACUUGAUUUAUUAAUUUAAAAACUUAAAACCAACAAAACGACCUAGGACAAGAUCAAAGGAGAAAGGGUGUUCUAGUGUCUACCAUGUUGUGCCACACAAGAGACCUACUCUCAAGUAUUGUGUACCUUAUCAACAAGUCCAACUGGUUAUUGAAAACAACAAAUUAUAAUCAGACUAAGCGGUUGAUGGUUAAUUAACCUGUCAAUACCACUUGUAACUGAUUCCAUAGAAUGUCCUUCUGAGCCAUAGUUGAGAGAAAUAUUACCACAACAUCAGUGAAUAUUAUUCAUUAAUGACUUAACACCAAGGUGGUUGAAGCUUAAUCAAUUUAGUCCAAAGUUGACCAAGUUUAGAAGCAAUCAAGAACUGACUGUGUUAAUAAUUUAGACCAGUCUUGUAAAGGAAAUUGAUUGAGCUGUCUCCGGUUAAUGAGUUAGUGAUUUUCUUUUACCAAUGACUCUUUGGCGUCUUUGUUUUUAUCAAUAAUCAUAACUAGGUCUAAGACCAUCAACCCUCUAUCAAUUGGGAGAUGUCAAAAGAAGUGAAACCGAAAUGUAAAAACUACAUACAUUUUGGCUACUAAAGUUGUUUUUACUUCAGACCACUAACUGUUUACAGAAGUAACAAGAACCUGAAGUAAUCAUAUGGCACACUUGACUCCAUUCCCCAAAAUGCUAUUAUGAUAGAAAGAAAUUUAUUUUCAUUGAAUAUUCCAGUAUGGAAGUUUAAAGUGUGUGAUGUAGAGCACACUCGUUCAAUAUGGUAGUAAACAGUGUUUACCUCUAUAUGCUAACCCAGUGAAGACGUUGUCUGUGUCGUUAAUGCCAGACUUUUAUAGUUCUGUGGACUACCAAGUUAAAGACAAUAUCCAGUAUAUUGGUCGAAGUUGUAAUCCCUGGUGCAAUAUCUGCACUCUUCACAUAUGUUAAUACAUGUAUGUAGAACAGGUAUGUAUGAUUGCCCAGUACUGUAUGAAUGAAUGGAGCCGAUUGGCCAAUUCGACCAAAGAAUGAGUGCAGAUCUUACAAACACCGACCAAUAGAAAUGAUCAUUACUUAAUGGUAACAGUACGUUGUACCGCCCAGGUAUGUGAUCAAAGUAUACAGUAUACCAUAUCAACAGUUCUUGUGUAAUAUUAAUGUGUUACAAAAAAAGGUAGUAAGUUACCCAACGGUACUUAAAUUGUAAAUGUCCUCAAUGUACUGUACGCUGGCCUUGGAUCGUACAAAAAAAAUGUACAAGCCGUUGAUCCAUCAGUCUGUAUAAUAGCCCUAUGACUGGUCCGUGUAUAUAGAUAGGUAUACACACCAUUGUAUACUGUUAAAUACAUGACUGUUGUGAGCAUGUACAUGAUGUUUGUGUACUUAGACAUGCAGAUUGUAUAGUGUUGGGAGUUGGUAAGAGAGAAAGGCCAUGACAAUAUUUUUACUGAAAGUGGCAAAAGAAAAGUGAUUUCUGAUUGGCUGGUAUGCUCACUGGGGUGGGUUUUUGUAUGUACUUGCUGUAUGCUGAUGGGUCAACUUGAAAGCAUACCGAAAUUGUUAAAUGUGAGACUGGAUGUACGAAAAGGCAGACCUUAAAUUGGGUUGUUUUCUUAAAGUGACAGACUAGGAAGGAAUGCGGAAAAGACUCAAAACAUGUAACAAAACAAACCAUGACUGUAUUACCAUUGCUUGGAAGUGUAGGUUGUCUGUAGAUGUGCUUACACAAUCUUAAAGGCCCUUGUCAAAUUAUAAGAGAUGCGUCGUAAAGAAGAAGAGUUUUCCUCACAUUCCAUUAAAAGCAGCCAGUGGAAUUUCAUUCGUUCUUGAAAUGACCCUGCUGCAAUUUUUUUCCCUGACCCUGACAACCCUCUCUAAACGAGUGGAAUGUGCCAAGUGCAGGCGCUUCUGGUGUGGAAGAGUCCAUUGUACUGGCAGGAAGAGGGGUUAUUGGCUGACUGUUAGGGGAUGUUUAAUGGAAAUCUUGUGAUGACUCAAAGCUGGUCUUUGAUUUGCUGUAUCUUUUGACCCAUGUGGUAGGCAGAGGCAUGGAUUGUCAGCUGUAGUCAGGGUUGUACCCAAAUGUCUGUUCUCCAGGGAAUUUGGUCAUGUACAUGUACAUGUUGUACAUGUACAUGUUGUACAUGUACGUCUUGAGCUGGAUGGAUUUGGACAUUGUUACAACCAUCCUAUCCAAUGUAGAGUGUGGCAUUUAACAAUUUUCUAUGAAAUUUGGCAGCCACCAUUCUACAAAUGACAUACCUGUUACAAAACCCAGUGCUCAGAGCAUUGGGAGGCACCUUGCCCAACAGCAAAGUUUGCUGUGCAACUGGCAAGUAUGCAUCCUGUGAUAAAGAGCCCCCUUUUGACUUUAGGAUGUACUGCCCCUGAAUGUUGAACAGACAGGACUGCAGCUUGACAUGACUGUUCUGACCUUGAAUGGGUUUGACUGAUUUUACCUGAGUGUAAAGGAAUUGUUACUGGCAUGGGGGUUGUUUUUGAGUGUCUGGAUUCAACUGAAUUUGAUGUUUCUAAAGUUGGCUCACUAAAAGGGUUGAAGUCUCUUAGGAGACAUGCCCACUUUGACAGUAGCCAUGGAAACACAUUUGAUUGACAGUAUUUUGUCCAUCAAUCAACAGAUUCAAAAGUCUGGACAAUCCAACCUCCAUGAAUACAGUAGCAGAUUUCAAUGUGGAAACAUGUUGCCAAUUUUAUUUAUUAUCGAAAGGUUUCUUUAACUUUCCAUGUCCUGACAUUUUUCAAGGAACCAUUUUUUUUGUGAUUCAUGAAUCCUUUUUUUCUUUGUUUGCUUCUCAACAUUACUGUUUUAAUUCAGACUUUACCUCUAUGUUGUGCAAUAAUGCACUGACAACACAUUUGACCAUGGACCACUAUUUGAAAUGAUCCCCACUGAAUUGAGACAUGAAUGCUUGGGUGGUAUCCUGGAAGGAUACCCUCUAAAGAAAACAGAACUUUGUACCAAAUCACAAAUAAGGGGUGGCAAGGGAUACAUGGUACAUGUUCAGCCAUGAACUUGUUGACGAAAAGCUUAGUACUUAAAAGCUGCAGCAAUUUCAUCCUAAACUUCAUUUAAAAGGAACACCCCCCUCCCCACCACUGUGAUUGGUCUCUGACAGGUAGCUUCUUGGAAGGCUGUUCUGACUAAUGUCCUCACUUGUACUGCACUAUCAAUGUAUCAGAACAAGGUACAGAUAUUCUGGUGAUGUGGAUGAUUAUUACAUGUACAACCUUAAGGUGUGUCCAUGUGUCCUGUUUGCAUGGCUCCCACUUUGCCUGAACAACUAAAAAUGUGCUGUUUUUAACGGUGUUUUUAGGCUGUUCUUGAGUUCAAAUUUUUUUUAGUCUGGAGGUUUUUUUGCAGCUUUUUUGAAAAUCAACUUUAUCAUCAUGAAGGAAAUAUAGCUUAAUCAAGGAGGUUAUAUGUCUCCCCUAUAACCUCCUUGGUUUAAUUUGGAACAUAAAAAGACUGUCCAAAGGAAACACAGCGCACUUGCAGUCAACACUAUCAUGACUGUACUCAACUGUGUAGUGCAGUGAAAUACAAGGUACAUGUAUCAUGUCUACUUGAUAUUGAACUUAUGAGUCCGAUCAUUUAAUGAUGCCGAAGUGGGAACCAUGUAGCAGAACGCAUAACACCUUUGUCAUCUUGCACACCCUGUAACCAUGUAAACUGAAAUAACCAUUUUACACAAACUGUACUGUAAAAGGAAAAGGAUGAUGUUACCCUGUUUUCUGGGUAGAAACAUCAGUGGCGACGUAAUCUUGCCAUCUCUGACAUGUCCUGUAUUUCCAGUAGAAACUGUAAGAAGGAGAACCACUCUGUACUGUACAUGUAUGUAUCCUAACUUAGCCUGUACAUUGGUCUGUGUCAGUCAGUUAGAGGAAACUGAAAAUUA